ACGCAUCGUCACCAAGCGUUGUUUUGCUUGCCUUGAAUGGGAGCGUUAGUAUGGCGGCUGGUGGCGAGACGCUCGAGUCCUGGCUAAACAAAGCCACCAACCCUUCCAAUAGACAAGAAGCCUGGGAGUAUAUUACGGGAUUCUGUGACCAAACCAAUAAGGAGCUCGAGGGACCGCAAAUAGCUGCAAGACUCUUGGUACGCAAGAUCCAUUCACCACAGGAAUGGGAGGCACAUCAAGCCUUGAUGGUUCUGGAAGGUUGUAUGAAGAACUGCGGCCAGAGGUUUCAGAACCAAGUGGGGAAAUUCCGUUUUUUGAACGAGCUCAUUAAAGUGAUCUCACCCAAAUAUCUAGGAGACAAAGUGUCUGACAAGCUGAAGUCCAAAGUGAUUGAGAUGAUUUACAGUUGGACCAUUUACCUACCAGAAGAAACCAAAAUUUGCGAGGCUUAUCGCAUGUUGAAGAGCCAAGGCAUUGUGUUAGCUGACCCCGAGAUCUGCCUGGAUGCGACAUUCGUCCCAACGGGCUCGUCUCAGCGGCCCAAAAAUCUCAUGUUUGACGAUGAGCGUAAAAGCAGAAAGCUGGCAGAGCUGCUCAAGAGCAAAAAACCGGCAGAUCUGCAGGCUGCAAAUCUGCUCAUUAAAAACAUGGUCAAGGAGGACGACGCGAGGACGCAGAAAAUCUUAAAGCAGAGAAGCACGCUGGAUACGGUCGAUUCCAGCGUCAAACUCCUUCAUGAGAUGCUGGCUUGCUUCAGCCCUGAAGACUCCACUGAUGGCGACAAGGAUCUCAUCAGGGAGCUCUACGCCGACUGCGACAAGCUGAGACAAACUGUGUGUCAGCUCGCCACAGAGACGGACGAUAAUGACGCCAACUUGGGAGACAUCCUGCAGGCCAAUGAUGACCUCAGCACUGUCAUUAAUUCUUGCAAGAACAUUGAGGACAGCCAGUCAAUAAUUGGAGUGACUAAAACACCAUUUGCGGUCAAACAAGACAGCAUCCUCACAACGCAGUCGGAAAGUCUGAUCGAUUUGACCUCAGCGGCCGUCCCAGGGUUCUCCCGACUAGAAGAGAAAGAUUCGGCACCUGACUCGGUUUCUUACGUCGAUCUUCUGUGUGGAACCGCUGUUGCCGUACCAUCGCCUGCGAGAACUGCAAAAACAUCUGCAUCGUUUUCUCUGCUGGAUGAGGAGCUGCUGCCUUUUGGUUCUCCUGGACCUGUUGCAAUUGGAUCAGUUCUCCCUCCAAUGAAAAGCAAUUCCCUACCGCCCUCCCAAGAUAUGGAACGUCCGGACGCCACAUUCGCAGCCUCCAUGUUUGCCAAUUCGCUGUCGGCCUACACGGUCCAGCAGACGCCAAUCGCUGGCCCAGUCCUGACGCCCCUGUCAACCACCACGCUUUCGUCUUCACAAGCCUCUGCCAAUGCGCUGCAUUCUCCAUUGGCUCCAUUUUCUCCGGAUCACGGUCUACAAGACCUAGCCUUGCUUGAUUUCGGGAGUACGAAAAGCGUCCCCGGUGUGCAAAUGGACAACACGCAAGCCAAGCGUGGCGCUUUGUGUUCUCCAGCCAAUCUCCAGCAUCUAGAUGGGGCGCCAGUUGAGCCGACCAGAAGUCCAGCCAACAGCGUUCCGUUAGACUCUGCGUCCCUGAUCCUCACCCGCAGCCAGACCUCUUUUGGCGCGGUAGAUGAGACGUCUCUGGCUGAUGUCUUUGUACCUUUGGAUGCUGUCAAACCAAGUCAAAUGUGUCCAAUCACAGCAUACGACAGAGAUGGCGUCCGUCUGCUGCUGCAUUUUGCUAGCGAUUGUCCACCCGGCAGGCCUGACGUGUUGGUGAUUGUGGCUUCUGUGCUGAAUACGUCGCCACUUCCUGUUAAGGCCAUCGUGCUCCAAGUUGCUGUCCCUAAGACUAUGAAAGUGAAAUUGCAGCCCCCGUCUGGGACACAGUUGGCUCCCUUCAACCCCAUCCUGCCCCCUGCUGGCAUCACUGAGGUCGUGCUGCUUGCGAAUCCUCACAAGGAAAAAAUUCGGAUGCGCUACAAGUUGACGUUCAUGCUGGGUGAGCAGCCCUAUACAGAUGUCGGAGAAGUAAACGAGUUUCCGCCUGCUGACAGAUGGCUAUGACCCCAACAUCACCCCACAUCACUGUCCCUUCUGGAUUUUCAAAAAUAAUUUGAGUGGGAGCUGAGAAUGGGGAGCUUGGCAACGUCAUCACCGCAAAAUUACAAGUUGUACACGGCACUCGCCACUUCUGGUGCAUAAUGAUGCUACCUUUUCCAUCGUCACACAGCAAAAGGCUUUCUCUGUAUGCUUUAUUGCCUUUCAAGCGAUUAUAGAAAUGUUUUUUAUUUAUUUAUUUAACGUCAAGCAUAGUCCGUGACAAUGAUGGCUUCGAUCAUAAUAAAGUACAAACAGUAACCAUUAUACAAUACCAAAUAAAAAGCAAUAAAAUAAAUGAUAAAAAUACAACUCAAAAUAGAAUAAAAAGAAAUA